GGGGAAAAAAAAGGACCUUAUUCUUUAUUGCCGUCGGGGUGGGAGUCGUCCGAGGAUCGUAAACCACCGCUGUAUUCACCGUCAUCCAUUAUAAUGGAGUGCAGAUGCAACCAUAACCUACCAGUUGACCCUACCCAUUAUCUGCUUGACGAUAUAUAAAGCGCAUCAACCGAUGCCCUUAGUUCAUUGUCAGUUGAAUUGUAGUGGCCGCAUGCCUGCAGUUUUGAAUUUGUAAAAGUUGUGCGAGUUCUUCGAAUCGUCUUCCUUCGAACCUUUUGCUACUUCAUCCAAUAUUUUGAUCAGACUGUUCAACCGCUAUUAAGCAAAUAUGUCGUCGGCACCACCAGUAAUUUUAAUAAUUUUCUUUUUCGGUCCCUGGUUAAUCUCAAGUGAAUCGAAUUUAAUGCAAAUUCGUAAUAUGAAUGGUACUAUUACUUUUAGAGAAACGCCUUUUAUAGUAGAAAAGUACUGUCUCGUCUUUCCACCGACUUACUGCAAAGGUUAUCCCAUGCCCGACGGUGACAGAUCUGACUUAGAUAUCUUUAGGGAGCAGUUUUGUCCGAAACUGAAAAUGUUUACAUGCGUGGAAGAGUUUGCUCGGCGUUGCACUCCUACGUUCAAAAAAUACCAAGACUACAUAACCAUGUUUGUUGUAAAAGGUAGUAGGUAUAAGAGCAAGGAUCUAUGCACAAGAGGUCCUUACAAAAAAGUGCAUUUAGACCAUGCCGAAUGUUUACGUUUUGCAAAGUCUGUUUAUGAAGAUAUGUGCCCAAUCAAUGAUGAGCAGUUCUUGAAUGACUUAGCCUUGGGCAAUUACAAUUUUGAUAAGUAUUUAUAUUGCGUGCAACAAAUUGUCCUUGCUUUGUGCGGUGAGGAAACUGAAUCAUUCCUCCUCGAUUAUUUGCUAGCAAUGAACAGUACAUUUGGUUAUAAUCAAGUAGUACCUGAAUUUGUGCCACCAUACAAAUACACCAAAUACGUACCUUAAUUAAUGUCAUCAAUUUAUACUAAUCAUUAAUCUAUUUUCUUAUAUUAUUUUUAUAU